AUGCGAAAACGGAGGAAUUCCAAAAGACCCUCUACCUCCAACUCCACCUCCACCUCCACCUCCACUACGGCAUUGUACGAGCUAACCACUCCUCUCCGUCGUUCCCAGAGACUUCUCAAUCGAAAGACCCCAACUUCGAGGCUUUCUUUGCUUGGAAACACUAUUUCUGCAACUAUCAAGAAGACCGAUCGUGAAGAGUCCAAGAAGAAACCUAUCGGACGUCUGUUUAAUAAAUCUGCAGAUAAGGUGGAGAUAGUUUCGAGUCUUAGGCGAUCUUCGAGGCUUUCUUUGCUUGGAAACACUAUUUCUGCAACUAUCAAGAAGACCGAUCGUGAAGAGUCCAAGAAGAAACCUAUCGGACGUCUGUUUAAUAAAUCUGCAGAUAAGGUGGAGAUAGUUUCGAGUCUUAGGCGAUCUUCGAGGCUUUCUUUGCUUGGAAACACUAUUUCUGCAACUAUCAAGAAGACCGAUCGUGAAGAGUCCAAGAAGAAACCUAUCGGACGUCUGUUUAAUAAAUCUGCAGAUAAGGUGGAGAUAGUUUCGAGUCUUAGGCGAUCUUCGAGGCUUUCUUUGCUUGGAAACACUAAUUCUGCAAUUAUUGACAAGAGUGACCCUGAAGAAUUGAAGAAGAAACCUGUCAGUUGUCUUUUAAAUAAAUCUGCAGAUAAAAAGAGGGGUGCUUUCAAUACAGUAAAUGGAAAAGUGGGUCUACGCUUAUGUGGUGAUGUUUUACAGAGAAGUGAAACUAAUCUUGGUUGUGUGAAUAUUGAACUGGUUAUAGGACUUAAAGCGCCUGAACGGAGAAAUGGUUUUGAAAUAAGUAAAGCUACUAGGGUUACUGGGAAGAGGAAGAGAGAAGAGGAACGCGUUGAUGGAAGUGUUAAAGGAUGGACAAAAGAGCAAGAAAUGGCAUUGCAGAGAGCUUAUUUUGUAGCCAAACCCACUCCAAAUUUCUGGAAGAAGGUUUCUAAACUGGUGCCUGGAAAGUCUGCACAGGAUUGCUUUGAUAAAGUGAACUCUGAUCAUAUAACUCCACCUCAACCAUUGCCUCGAUCAAGGGCAAAGAGAUUGAAUUCAUCGCCCCUUGGAUGUUUUUCCCUCUCUACGGGCAAAUUGCUUGGCUCUUCUGACAGUAAGGGUAAGAGGUUAGGUUGUAAUAAACAGAAGAGUCAUCUAGCACACAAAGCUGUAAGACAAUUGCUGCAAAAGCAUAAUCGCAUGGACCAGAACUACGAAGCAGACAUAUUCUCUAUCCUUGAGCCCAAUAUGAAUCCAUCUAGACAAAUUUCUCAUCUGAAUGAUGUCAUUUCGACCCCAAACCAUUUGCAGGAAAAACAAGGAUUUCUUCGGAAGUGCCAUGAAAGGUCUAAUUCUGGCCAGGAAAAACCCUUUUCUAGAUUUCGGAGCUCAUGCGGACCUGAUAUUGUCAGUCCACCUGUGUUAAAGCAGGUGAAGAACAGGGCUUUGCAUGAGAAAUAUAUUGACCAGUUACAUUCCAGGGAAGCCAAGAGAAAGGCAGCAUGCGUACGAGCGGGAAAAGAGAAUAUGAGGCAGAGCAAUAUACAAAAAAUAGAUAUGGUUCGAGCUGCAAAGAAUGCCUUGGUUUCUGAUGCAAGAGAUGCUAUUGAUAAACUCAAACAUCUGCAAACCGUUGCCAACAAUAACUCUUCUGAUUCUGAUGAUGAAGUUGAUAGUGAUGAUGAAUGUGAUGUAUUCUAACGAACUGUGUUAAGAAGUGAUCAGUUGUAACUAAAUUGAGCAUGAUCUAGCAUUACUAAUUUUAGCUGUUCUGGAUAACCGCUAAUUCAUUAAUUCUCCUGUCUUAGAAAUAAUCUUCGUUUGAUUUACUGAUUUGGAAUGUUUUGUAGUGGUUAGUGAAGAUCAAUAAGACUUUGCCUAGUUUGUUUCAAA